CUUCUUCUCCCUCCCUCCCUCCCUCCAAAGCAAAGCCAAGGGUUGUUGGUUCUCACCAUGCAAGGCUCUGCUCGUGCGCCAAGGCAAGUUGUUGGUUCUCAUCCCAUGCAAAGUUGGUCAGCUCAUGGGUCAAAGCAGGCCAAGCAAGUUGUUUGUUCUCAUCACAAGCAUACUUGUGUUCUUGCUCAUGCGUUCAGCGCCAAGAUGCCAAACUAUCGCCAAGAUGCCAAACUAUCUUUCUCUCGCGCUCUCUUGUUUGGGAAGAGAAAGAAUUGAUGGAUUCCAUCUUCUUGUACUAAGAGAAACCGCAAGUUUGUUGUUGAAGAAGAUGGAGGUUCGCCGACCCCAGCCAUGGCGACGGUCCCCAGCAAGCCGGAGCCCCUCUCCGACGUGAGCGACCUCAACCUCCACGGUUCGCAUGCUCCAGCCACGGCGACGCUCUCCGGCAAGCCGGAGCCCCUCCUGAGCGACCUCAACCUCCAGGACAAGGAGGCCGGCCUCACCAAUGGCCUGGCGGAUUCAUCAGACAAGAACGACAAGGAGGCACCAUCACCUGAGAUUAACUCUGAGGAGUCCCUUGAGGGUGACAAGGUUAUUGACAUAGGUCAGAAGGUUCUCAAUGCGCUUGAUGAUCUGCCUGCUGCUGACCUGGCUCCCUUCCUAGCCUGCGAUGACAUCGAGGGGAAUCCUAACCCGUGGGUUCAAGUGGAGCCUCGCGGACGUCGACAGGGAGCCCAUACUGUUGCACCGGUUGACAACACUGGUGAUGUGGAUGGCCUGGGGGAACAGGGUGUAGAUGAAUUUGAGGAUGUAUUCUGGCUGACAAAGAUUCGACAGCACAGGGUUUCAAGGAGGAGCACCAAGUCCCGCCCACGUGCCUUGGUGGGAGUAAGGAGUGGCCCUGGAGUGUUCGUCUUCAACUACUGAUCUGGGAAGCUGUAUCUGAAACUUUUUUGGGCAGGAGUCUGGAGUGGCCCUGAAGUCUUCGUCUUGAACUACUGAUCUUUGAGGCUGCAUUUGAAACUUUUUUGAGUGAGGGUCUUGUUUGAAUGGAGCUACAUAAAUUUUACUACAUACUGUUUUCUGCUUGAUAUAUUUUUAGUAAGUGGUGUUUGCCACCUUGUGCAACAGUGCAAGCCAUGUUUGUCACUCUUCGAAGUUAUUGGCUAGUGUUAAAUGCUAUGUUGCUGAGUGUCUCUUA